AUUAUUCUGCAUCAAUCAUUCAACACCUUGACUUUCAAUUACGCCUAUUUUCAACAUCUUCCAUGAUCACAUUCUUUUACGUUUAAUACUCUCUCCCAGCCGACUUACCCUCACGUCCUCCAUCGCAACAGCCGAUAAGAUCAAAUUUAAUCUAGAAACAUUGCAUCAUGGCCGAUUACGAUGAGGGUUACGAGUAUGAGGAGGAGUAUGCCGAUGAUUCCAUUACGCCGGAAGAUUGCUGGACUGUCAUUGGUUCUUAUUUCAAGAGAAAGGGUUUAGUGUCUCAACAGAUCGACUCUUUCAAUGACUUUCAAGAGACCACCAUUCAAGAAUUAGUCGAAGAGUACUCCCAAAUCAGCGUCGAUGAGCACAACCCUCCUUCCCCCGAAGGCCGCACCAUCGCCCUUCGUCGAUAUGAUCUCAAACUUGGACAUGUCACCAUUGCUCGGCCCGUCGCUAUGGAGAGUGACAAUACAUCCGGUCCACUUCUACCCUACGAGUGCCGCGAUCGUAACAUGACAUAUGCUGCUCCUAUCUAUGUUAAGGUCGAUAGUAAGGUCACCGCAUGUAUCGAACAAGACAUCCCCCUGCACGAAAUGGACGAAGAACAGCAGGCUGAAGCACGCGCUACCGGCAAGCACCCAGUACGCCUAGUUUGGGAAGAAGAAGAGAACGUUCUGGAGUCGCCUCUUACCGAGAAGGGCAAGACAAGUGACCAAGUUUUCAUCGGCAAACUUCCCAUUAUGAUCAAGUCCAAGGCUUGCCAUCUCAACGGCGAGAGCGAGGACGAUCUUUUCAUGUUGAACGAGUGCCCAUAUGAUCAAGGUGGAUAUUUCAUCAUCAACGGUAGCGAAAAGGUUCUUAUUGCUCAAGAAAGAUCGGCUGCGAACAUUGUUCAGGUUUUCAAGAAGGCCCAGCCUAGCCCGUUCUCUUACAUCGCUGAGAUCCGAAGUGCUCUCGAAAAAGGAUCGAGACUCAUCUCAUCACUAAUGUUGAAGCUGUAUACCAAAGGCGAUGCAUCAAGGGGCGGCUAUGGCCAAACUAUUCAUACGACCCUCCCAUUCGUGCGAGCUGACACUCCUAUUGCGAUUGUCUUCCGCGCUCUGGGCGUGGUCAGCGAUGAAGAUAUUUUAAAUUACAUCUGUUACGACCGCAACGAUAGCCAAAUGCUCGAGAUGUUACGUCCCUGCAUCGAAGAAGCCUUUUGCAUCCAGGACCGUGAGGUUGCUCUAGAUUUCAUCGGGAAACGUGGAAGGGACUCUCACAAUACCACGGCGCGAGAGCGUCGUGUGCGGGCUGCUAAGGAUAUCUUGCAGAAAGAAAUGCUUCCUCAUAUAUCCCAGUCGGAAGGAUGCGAGACCAGGAAGGCGUUCUUCCUCGGUUAUAUGGUUCACAAGCUAUUGCAAUGCGCCCUGGGCCGCCGCGAUGUCGAUGAUCGGGAUCACUUCGGAAAAAAGCGUCUCGACCUAGCUGGUCCCUUGCUUGCCAAGUUGUUCAGGAAUAUUGUUCGUCGAUUGGUAACGGAGAUUUCGCAGCAUUUGAGACGUUGUAUCGACCAAAACAGACGCUUCCAAAUCGAGCUUGCCGCAAAGCCUGCGAUUAUUACAAAUGGACUCAAAUACUCGCUCGCUACAGGAAACUGGGGUGAUCAGAAGAAGGCCAUGAGUUCGACCGCCGGUGUGUCUCAAGUCUUGAACCGAUACACGUUCGCAUCGACCCUUUCUCAUUUGAGAAGAACCAACACUCCUAUUGGAAGAGACGGAAAAUUGGCGAAGCCUCGGCAGCUUCACAACACGCAUUGGGGCCUUGUCUGUCCAGCCGAGACGCCCGAAGGCCAAGCCUGUGGACUGGUCAAAAAUCUGUCGUUGAUGUGCUCUAUCAGUGUGGGUACUUCGACUGAUCCUAUCGUAGACUAUAUGAUCACUCGAAGCAUGGAUGUUUUAGAAGAGUACGAGCCCAAGACCAAUCCUAAUGCCACGAAGAUCUUCUUGAACGGCUCUUGGAUUGGCACGCACACAGACCCCAAGGCUCUCGUCAGAGAUAUUCAGGAAUUACGACGAGCCAACCAGAUUCCGUCUGAGGUCUCACUGGUGCGCGACAUUCGCGAUCGUGAGUUCAAGAUCUUCUCUGAUGCUGGUCGUGUUAUGCGCCCACUAUUCGUCGUUCAACGAGAGGAUGAUCCGGAGAAGGGUAUUGUCAAGGGCUCCUUGGCUCUUACCAAGGAGAUGAUACAGAGGCUGGAGGCCGACAAUGAUCAAGAUCCUGAGAGUGAGGAUUAUUUUGGCUGGCAAGGACUAGUUAAUGACGGUGCUAUUGAAUACCUCGACGCCGAAGAAGAGGAGACGGCGAUGAUAUGCAUGACGCCGGAGGAUCUUGAGACAUUCCGUCUGACCAAGGCUGGCUAUGAAAUGAGCCAGGACAACGGCGAUGAAAUCAACAAGAGGUUGAAAACCAAAGUGAAUCCCACAACUCACAUGUACACACAUUGCGAGAUCCAUCCUAGCAUGCUCCUAGGAAUCUGUGCCAGUAUUAUUCCUUUCCCAGAUCACAAUCAGUCACCCAGAAAUACAUACCAGUCGGCUAUGGGUAAGCAAGCUAUGGGGUUUUUCCUUACAAAUUACAACCGACGUAUGGACACGAUGGCAAACAUUCUUUACUACCCGCAAAAGCCUCUUGGCACCACACGUUCUAUGGAAUUUUUGAAGUUCCGCGAGCUUCCGGCUGGACAAAACGCUAUCGUGGCCAUCGCUUGUUACUCGGGAUACAACCAAGAAGAUUCCGUCAUCAUGAACCAGAGUAGCAUCGAUCGAGGUCUGUUCCGCAGUCUUUUCUUCAGAUCCUAUAGCGACUGCGAAAAGCGUGUUGGCAUCAACACGGUGGAAUCAUUCGAGAAGCCGUUCAAGAGCGACACGUUACGGCUCAAACAGGGCACGUACGAUAAGCUUGACGACGAUGGCAUUGUUGCCCCCGGAGCCCGCGUCAUUGGAGAGGACAUCAUCAUCGGAAAGACGUCACCCAUCAACCCAGACAACGAAGAGAUGGGACAGCGAACUAAAAAUCACACCAAACGUGACGCUUCCACGCCUCUGCGCAGCACGGAGAGUGGUAUUGUCGACUCUGUCAUCGUCACGACUAACCAGGAUGGCCUCCGUUACGUCAAGGUCCGCGUUCGAACUACGAAGAUUCCCCAGAUCGGCGACAAGUUCGCCUCUCGCCACGGCCAGAAGGGAACCAUUGGUGUUACAUACAGACAAGAAGACAUGCCCUUUACUUGCGAGGGCAUUGUCCCCGACAUAAUCAUUAACCCGCAUGCUAUCCCAUCUCGUAUGACUAUUGCUCAUUUGAUCGAGUGUUUGCUUAGUAAAGUUUCCACCCUGAAGGGGAUGGAGGGAGAUGCGACGCCAUUUACCGAUGUUACGGUAGAUUCGGUAUCCGGACUUUUGCGCGAACACGGAUACCAGUCGCGCGGUUUCGAGAUCAUGUACCAUGGCCACACCGGGCGCAAGCUCCGAGCGCAGGUCUUCUUUGGGCCAACGUACUACCAACGUCUUCGACAUAUGGUGGACGACAAGAUUCAUGCUCGAGCACGUGGCCCGGUACAGAUCAUGACGCGACAGCCUGUUGAGGGUCGUGCGAGAGAUGGAGGUCUCCGUUUCGGAGAGAUGGAACGUGAUUGCAUGAUUGCUCAUGGUGCCGCCUCUUUCCUGAAGGAGCGUCUAUUUGAAGUAUCGGAUGCUUUCAGAGUACACGUCUGCGAGAUCUGUGGACUCAUGACGCCCAUAGCUAUCCUCAGCAAGGGUUCGUUCGAAUGUCGUCCCUGCAAGAACAAGACGAAGAUCGCACAGAUUUAUAUUCCAUACGCUGCCAAGCUUCUAUUCCAGGAGCUUCAGGCUAUGGGUAUCGCAACUCGCAUGUUCACCGACCGCUCCGGUGUCAGCAUCCGCUAGGCAACAGUUGGAGGGGAGUCGAACCAAAGCGUGGUGGUGGUUCUUUUGUGCCUAGAUAGGUGCCUAAUAUCUUUGCGGCAGUAGACAACUUUCUAGUUGAUCGAUCCCGUCUAGUUUGUGUAUACUUGCAUAGGGUUGGCGUUUGCCUUACUUCUUGAUUUUUAAUUAUAUGAGCCGAGAGUCAAAAGUGGAAAUCGACCAUAUAGCAAUUGCAGGUCGGGCGUCCCGGUUUUCUGGCUUUGGUCCCUUUUUUCCAAGA